UCCAGCAACGACUGGACAUCGAAUAGCUAGCUGUUCACCAACCUUAACGCAGCUUAGUUUUUAUAAACUUUUAUUUUACCUCCGUCAUGAACACUAUAGCUCUCCCGAUAUUUCUUCUCUUCUUAUUAUACGAUAAUGGAGUGCCAGUAUUCUCAAAAAAUCCCAACAAGAUAUGUCCAGAAAUUCUCCCUCACAUGAAACCGAGACAUAAACAUAUUGCGAGGUUUUCAAAUAUUUCCAUCACCAAAGAAUGCGCCAAGUUAUGUCUUUACAGAUCCGUAUGCAAUAGCUUCGCUUUCAACCAAAAGAAGGAAAUAUGCGAAAUUUACUUCGCCGUGCGGCACAAUUUGAGAGAGAUUGACCACUAUGUAUUCAGCUUCAUCAAAACCUGGGAUCCGCGUUUGGCUGGAAGCUGCUUCAAUCAUUCAUGUGAGAGAAAUGAAAUGUGUUUACCAGAAACAAAUGCCUACUACUGCUUACAAUUGGAUAUCAACUGUGGUUUGCCACGCCAGGAGAACUCAGCAGUGAUCAGUUACCAAUCUACGAACACUGUGAAGUAUAGCUGCUUGUCGAAUCAGACUGAACGAAUGAUACAUUCAUUUUGUAAGUUGACAGGGAUUUGGUCGAAGCCCACAACAAGUUGUGGCUUUUCAUGCAGACACCCGUAUCUUGUCAACUUAACUAUAAGCAACGGAGCUUAUGUGGAUAGUUACUGGAAUUAUGAAUGUGGAAAAAUGAACACAACUUGUCAUAUGAAAGGAAUUUGGUCCAAAACAUCGCGGAAUGAUCUUAAUAUUUCUUGUACAACGAAGGAAGACGCGGGUCAAGGCUUCAAAACAACAAAUGUCAGCUAUCGAUGCGCCCGGGUUAGAAGCGGACUCGUUCCUGUUUAUGAUAAUCUAUUAAUGUGUCUAAGGUCGGAAUAUAUCAAGGAUUGUAACGUAAUUUGUAAUAUACCAAAUGGAAAGAAUUUAAAAUAUUCUACAGUAAGAAGAUGCAAGAGAUUCUAUAUUUGCCACCAGCUUAAGAGUAAUUAUAGAAUUCGGAAACUGGUAUUUUGCCAGCCUAAUAUAGAAAUGGAAAAUGGUACUAUAAGUUUUGAAGGCGUGAUGAAAAUGGUGUGUGAAAUUUUAGAUCAACUUACACUGGAAACUAUUCGAAACAAUUCUGGAGCUUUGUUGCCAGGCAUCUCGGCUGGAUUUUCGGACAGCAUUUCGACUGCAGUAACAGAAUCGACAACAAAUAUUGCUGGUGAAAGAAGCAAAGAUUACGCAGACAACCAAGCGUUCAACGACUUAACAUAACAAAUAUUACCACAAAUCUAACUGGCCAGUUAAUCGGAUAAGCAAUUUUGAAGAAAGGCAGUUAAUACGAUGAGUAAUAUUCGCUGCAUUUUUGUCUUUGAGGAAAAAAAAUUACAAACGUUCUCUGCCUUAGAAAAACUAUAUCAGCUAAACAAAUGACCUUCUCUGAAUACAUUACAAUCACUACAACAUAUUCAGAACAGUAUUUCAGAAAAUUAUCUCCGUUUUCUUUGAGUAUGCAAAAGACAAAUUUAGGUGUGGUAAAAAAGGGUAAAACAAAAUAAGGUAAAUGUACUUCUUCAAUUCUCUAGAAUUACUUUUGAAAAGCAAACUCAUGCAUUUCUAUAGCCAUCAGAUUGAUCAGAAAUAUACCAGGAAGGAAAAAGUAUGCAGGUCAAAUGAAAAAGAAUCUUGUAAAAAUAACACAUGGGGUGAAAUUAACGAAACUCGGCUAAAUCUAAAAACUCAACUUAGAAUAUUCUCUAUAAUUUCUCCUGGAUCUUCUGGAAUAGUUCGCUUCCCAAUAUUUAUACACCAUGAAGUUAAAAGGAAAAGGAUUAUUGAAAUUAGUUAUUGCUCAUUUUGUCAUACUUUAGACGUCAUAUUUUGAAAAUUUGGAAGAUUAACAAAUUAGACAUUAGUGUUGGGAAAAAAUUGACUUGGAAUCCAACAGAGAAAAGACUAUUAAGUUUUAAACACCAAAAAGUAUCCAGAUAUUUUAUUAACCAUCUCAAUUACAAUCGGGCCAAAAUUGAGGAAAAAUUUCUUGAAAAAAACAAAAAAAAACAUAUUUAUCAACCAUCUCAACUUCAAAACAACUAUGCUUACCAACUUUUAUUCUCAAGUCGAAAAUACAACUGUUGAAAAUGAUGAUUCACAUUGUAAUAGUUCCAAACAGGUAAAGAGAAAUUAGCGGAAAAAUCAGAAAGGACUCAUUUUGCCCCAGGUCAAUAAAAUAAAAAACGAAGUAUUUAGGGAUCGAUGUAAUCGAUUCUCCCCUAUUCUCAAAAUUUCUGGCUUUAAGGUUUCUAUUUGAAA